GAUCCGGCUGCCGCCUCUGGGCCGCCGCUAUCUGCACAGCGAGCUCACCUGCAGGGCCUCCAACCACCCGGAUGUCCUGCUCUCCACCAGCGUCGUCAUCGACAUGCUACUGUCGCCGCUGGUGACGCAGCUGCUUGGGGAGAACCGUCCGCUGAGCGCGGGCCGGCAGUACGAGGUGUCCUGCCAGACGGUGGGCUCGCGGCCGCCGGCCAAUGUCUCCUGGUGGCGCGACACACUGCUGCUAGAGGGCGCCAGAGACACUACGAGUGGGGACGGCAACGUGACGACGAGUACCCUGUCACUGUCGCCUGUGGCUGACGACUCUGGACGGCAACUGUGCUGCAGGGCUGCCAACAUCCUGCUUCCGCCGCCAGAGGUCAGCGAGCAGCUGCACGACUGCCGGACGCUGCACGUCCGCUACAGUCCCAUCGUGGACCUGGAGCUGGGCAGCAAUAUCAACGGCAGCGCCAUCCGCGAGGGCGUCGACGUCUACUUCGAGUGCAACGUUCGCGCCAACCCGUGGAUCCAUAAAGUCGUCUGGAGGCACAAUGGUCGCCAGCUGCACAGCAACCAGAGCGCCGGCACGCUGCUGAGCAACCAGACGCUGGUGCUGCAGGCGGUCAAGCGGCAGCGCUCGGGUCUCUACACGUGCGUUGCGAGCAACUCGGAGGGCGACACCGAGAGCAACGCCUUCAACCUCGACGUCAAGUACGCCCCGGAGUGCGUGCACGGGCAGCAGCGCGUAUGGGGGGCGGCGCGCCGCGAGACGGUGUCGGUGCCUUGCCAGGUGGAGGCGCGGCCGGCGGCCACGCUCUUCCGCUGGGCCUUCAACAGCAGCGCGGGCGGGCCCAGCUCGACGCCGGCCGCCGUCACCACGCAGCCGGGCCGCAGCGUCGCCACGCACACGCCGCUCAGCGAGCGCGACUACGGCACGCUGCUCUGCUGGGCGCGCAACGAACUCGGCACCCAGCUGCACCCCUGCGUCUUCCUCGUCGUGCCUGCAGGGAAGCCGGACCCGCCCCGCGACUGCCGCGUGUCCUCGCGGUCCACGACGUCGCUGCAGGUGUCCUGCACGCGGGGCUCGGACGGCGGGCUGCCGCCGCAGCACUUCACGCUGGAGCUGCUGGCCGGCCGCGGCGGCCGCCUGGUGGCCAACGUCACCAGCCGCGCCUCCCCGGAGUUCACCGUCGCUGGACUCGAACCCGGCACGACCUACCACCUCCGCGUCUACUCCAGCAACGGCAAGGGCCGCAGCGACGCCGCGGCCGAGCUCAACGUCACCACCCUCCGGGCUUCGCAGCAACACCGGAGGAUCGAUGCUGGUGAGGACGACAGUCAAACCCCCAGGAGAAUAUUCCUACAUACCAAUAUUAAUUAA